AUGUAUCGAUCACUACAUGGACAUUUAGGAGAAAAAGAAAUCGAAUUAGUAAACCACCAAAUCAUUUUACAAGAAGAUUUAGUGAGUGCAACGAGAAUGUUGAAAGAAGGAAGUACAAGACUUGCCACAGUCGUGAAUAGUAAAGAUUUUAAUGAUGUUGGUAUAGCUGAAUUACUUAUGACUGCUGCGAAAGCUAAAUUAUCUAUUUUGAAAGCUCAAUUACUUGAAAAUAGUGGAAAUUUAAACCGAUUGAGAAAAAAAACAAAAAAAAUGAAUGAUGAAAGUAAACAUUAUUUUUACAAAUUGUAUUGUUUUUGUUAA